AUGACGCUGUGCCGAGUCUUGGGACGGCUCUUGAAUCAGGGCUGGAGGCCUCGGAGGACCAUAAAACUGUGCAACUUUGGAGGAGAGGAAUUUGGCUUGAUUGGCUCUGUCGAAUGGAUGGAGGAAAACUCUUUGAUCUUCAAGCAACGAGGUGUCGCGUACUUGAACACCGAUGUUCCUGUUCAGGGAAAUUAUACUCUUCUGGCCCAGACCGGCCCGUUGCUUGGUAGUGUUAUCUACAAGUGGACAAAAAUGGUCAAGGUACCUACUGAGGAAGGGAAGUACGAAACUAUGUAUGAUGUCAUGUUGAAGCGAGGACCGAAGCCCUCAACCCCGGGUGAACCGAAACUUUGGCCUUACCAGUUCGCAAGUGAUUACAUCCCUUUUCAUUUCAUGGCAGGUAUACCAUCUGCAGAUUUCAGUUAUUUCUUUGGCUAUGACAAGGACAAGGGUGGUUGGCAACUUUAUCCAUCUUAUCAUACGCAAGAAGACACCUUUUACUGGGUGGAGCAAUUUGCUGAUCCAAAGUUUGAAAUUCACCGUGCCAUGACUUUACUUAUGGGAGGCAUGCUUUUGGAUUUAGCCGACUCCCGAAUCAUCCCCCUGGACUUACCGCGGCUGAACCAUUCUUUACAUCAGGCGCAGUCUAGUCUUUUCUCUCUUUCUACCUCGUUUCCAAACGACAAACGUGUACUUGAUGGGUUGUCGGCUGUCAACAGAUCCCUUCUUGAGUUUGUGAGAGCGUGCGAGUCUUUUGUGUCCGCAGUCCUUGAAACAAGCAGCAAAGAAAAGGCAGAGUCUGUAGCAUUGCAGGCGCUAAACAACCAAUUGACUCAAGUGGGAAAGGCUUUUAUAGAUUCCAGAGUAUUGAACCCCAACCCCGAUGUGUUUCAACAUGUUCUCGGUGCAGGCAAAUUUAGCGGCGUCUCGAAUGCAUUGAACACUAAUGACACCUCAAAGAUUCAGGAACAAUUGUCAAUUGUAUCGGUGGCCAUUUCGACCGUCGCUAAGAUCUUACAGCCUAUAAGAACUCUUCCUGAGGAGUAAAUGUAUCAUAAAAGGAAGAAAUAACUUAUGUCAGAGAGAAGUAACAGUAAAUAUGCAGGUGUUAUGGAAAACAUUUUCCAGAUCUUCGGUUUUAAUUAUGAUUUGUAGAGUUUUGCAAAGGGCAUGGCGAAUUUUUAUCAUAACCAAAAGUUACUUCUCGGCUUAAAGAAAAUAGUUGUUAGUUUCAAUCUGCUCUAAUAUAGCGAAUGGCAUAAAGAACGGAAAUUACAGGACUUCAAAAUUUAUAAUCCAUGCUUUUAAACACAGACGCAAAGUUUAACUGGGCAAUAUCCAUUGUAUGAUUUUAUGUCCGUUAGUGAUCCAGCCUUUAAGCAGAAGCCAGGCCUCAUUUGUUUCUGUUUUUAUACAAAACUUGCUACUUUUGAAAUGCAGUUAUUCUCUGGGGGUAUCAUGUAUCUAGUAUCAAACUUCUAUCAUCACGAAUCAACCCAGACCUUGCUUUAUUACCGAAACUUUUUUACACCUCAUCGAAAUGUAAAAUAGUUUUAUAAUAGUGACUGCUUUAUUUGCAUAUCGAAAAUGGUAGGCAAUAGACCUCAAAACCAUAAUUCCUUUAGCAGCUUGCUCUAUAAAUUAAAAUGGCUAUGUGUUGGUCGUGCGGGUCAGAUGAAGUCAUUUUGGAUUUUAAUUUUUUAUGACUUAAAGAAACGAGAAAAAUGGUAAAAAACACAAAAAUAUUCCAAAACAAUAAUUAUCUGCUAACAAAGUCUCAAAUGCCAUUCAGAAAACUGAAAAAAGUACCAUUAAAAAAGCAUUUUGUUUGAGGCAACUGCUAGGGCAAUGAAAAAAAAAAAAAUGAAAAGUGUAAAUGGAGGUAAUUAAUAGCUUACAUUAUAAAGAGGUAAAGUGUUAGAGACAUUAGAAAGAAGAACACACUUGUACUCUAUAAUUCGCUUUUCCUUAGCGUUUUGCUAACUGUGAAUACGCAUACAACGAAAAGUGUUCAUGACACUGCUUGAGAGGUUGUGUCAAUCAGUGUCACAAGGUAGCCAUAAGUAUUGACAGCAGCACAAUAUGUUAAAAAAGCAGUGUUACACCAGCAGUAUGAUAAUCAUAAAAGUUCUACAUUAAAACAAAUUGACUGAUA